AUGCAAUUCUCUACUCUUGCCUUCAUGCCCGUCGCGGCCCUCCUGGCAUCAACCGCCUACGGCGCAGAAUGCUACAGCCAGGGCCACGACACAAACUGUCUCAACAGGGAUGGCGCGUACAGUUUCCGCCAGUCCUACUGCGGCGGCAACGAAUGGCAAUCCAACGGCAUCAGGUACUACACCGGCUCGAACGGCUUCCGAGGCUCCAUCGACGGCGAGAACCUUCCCUCACAGCAGAGCUGCUGGGACUCCACCCAAAACAUCAUUGACCAGUGCAUCGGCCAUAAGAACGGCGGGUUUUACACUGGAGGUGGAUGGAACGUCAACUUCAACUUCUGCACUUAA